CUCACGAGCCGGGUGUACCACUGACUUGCCAUCCUCCAAGACGCAUGGUCAAUAUCACAACGCUGGCGUGCUGCAAAGACAGACAGAGACGCUAGCAAAGGCCCAACCAUGCAAGCCCAGCAGCUCCUGAAUCAGCUGCGCUUCCCCGAGCUGGAUGAGGUGCGGCAGUACCUGCGCAGCCUGUCCACACACACGUUGGUGGGUGUGGGGGCAUUCGCUGCUCUCACAACCUACUGGUACACCACCCGGCCCAAGGCCCUGAAGCCACCAUGCGACCUGAGAAUGCAGUCCGUCGAGGUUCCGGGAGGAGAGUAUGCCCGCCGGUCAGCGCUGAUGGACAGCGACAAACACAUGACCCACCUGUACAACGACGCCAAGACCAUGUAUGAGUUCUUCCUCAGGGGCGCACGGGUCUCCAACAAUGGUCCCUGUCUUGGAGCAAGACAACCAAGCCAGCCCUAUGAGUGGCUGUCAUACUCCGAGGUAGCAGAGAAGGCAGAGAACCUGGGCUCAGCGCUGCUCCACAGGGGACACACUAAAACCAAAGACCAGUUCAUUGGCAUCUUCGCUCAGAACCGACCAGAGUGGACCAUCGCUGAGCUGGCCUGCUAUACCUUCUCCCUCGUGGCUGUGCCCCUGUAUGACACUCUGGGCACUGAGGCCAUCGCCUAUGUCAUCGACAAGGCCACCAUUUCCAGCAUACUGUGUGACGUCCCUGAGAAGGCCAGGCUGGUCCUGGAGUGCGUCUCUGGCAGGGAGCACAGUGUCAGAACCAUCAUCCUCAUGGAGCCCUUUGAUGAUGAGCUGGUGGCCAAGGGGAAGGACUGUGGCAUCGACAUUCUCAGCCUGAGCCAAGUGGAGGCUAUCGGCAAGGACCACCACCACCAACCAGUUCCUCCCAGUCCUGAAGACAUGGCUGUCGUCUGCUUCACCAGUGGAACCACAGGGAACCCAAAGGGAGCCAUGCUGACACAUGGGAAUGUUGCUUCCAACUGCUCUGCCUUCAUCAAAGUCAUUGAGGAUCACCUCAUAUUAGACCACCACGAUGUUCAUAUAUCCUACCUGCCCCUUGCUCAUAUGUUCGAGAGGGUUGUAGAGGGAGUCAUUCUGGUGCAUGGGGGGAGGAUUGGUUUCUUCCAGGGAGACAUCCGCCUGCUGAUGGAUGACCUCACCACCCUGAGGCCUACAGUGUUUCCUAUGGUGCCACGCCUCCUCAACAGGAUGUUCGACAAGAUCUAUGGGCAGGCUAACAACUCUCUGAAGAGGUGGGUGCUGGACUUUGCCUUUAAAAGAAAAGAGGCUGAGCUGCUGAGUGGCAUCAUUAGGAGGGACAGCAUCUGGGACAAACUCAUCUUUAGGAAAGUGCAGGCCAGUCUGGGAGGACGGGUGCGUCUGAUGAUAACAGGUGCUGCCCCCGUGUCUGCCACGGUGCUGACGUUCCUGCGAGCCGCGCUGGGCUGCCAAUUGUAUGAGGGGUAUGGACAGACUGAAUGCACAGCGGGCUGCACACUGACAGUACCAGGGGAUUGGACAGCAGGUCAUGUUGGAGCGCCCCUGCCAUGUAACUCGGUGAAGCUGGUGGAUGUGGCUGAGAUGAACUACCUGGCUGCCAAUGGAGAGGGAGAGGUGUGUGUGAAAGGAGUUAACGUGUUUCUGGGCUACUUGAAAGACCCCGAGAAGACGGAGGAGACCAUUGAUGCUAACGGCUGGGUCCACACAGGGGACAUUGGCAAGUGGUUACCGAACGGAACUUUGAAAAUUGUGGACAGGAAGAAGCACAUCUUCAAGCUGGCCCAGGGAGAGUACAUUGCACCGGAGAAGAUUGAGAAUAUCUACACCAGGAGUGACGCAGUGGCACAGGUCUUUGUGCACGGGGACAGCCUACAGGCAUGCCUAGUAGCCAUCAUUGUGCCAGAUCCUGACUUCCUUCCUGGCUGGGCCAAGAAGAGAGGACUGGAGGGAUCCUACGGAGACCUAUGCAACAACAUGGAUGUAAAGAAGGCCAUCUUGGAAGACAUCUUGAAACUAGGAAAAGACAGUGGUCUGAAAUCUUUUGAGCAGGUGAAGGACAUCGCCCUGUUCACAGAGAUGUUCUCUAUCCAAAAUGGCCUUCUCACUCCCACCCUGAAAGCCAAGAGAGCAGAACUCAGGAACUACUUCAGGGAGCAGAUCGACAAACUGUACUCCAAGAUCAAGAUGUGAACAGUGGAAGAACGGAAGGUAAAGUGUAAUCGGAGCUGGUAGGAGAGGUCUUCUAUGAAACUGAUUGAGGACAUGUUUGUGAGGCCUGGUCUAUGGAUACACUUUACCCUGUAUGACCAGUUGCUCCCUGUCUGAAUAGGAACAAAACACAAUAGGAUCAUUAGGGAAGAAGAAACUGUUCUUGAUGUCACUCUCAACUGUCAGUAAAUGAUACCACAUAGCAUCAGUACUGUAAAUAAUACCAUAUACUGGUAUAUAGCAACUGUCAGUAAAUGAUACCAUACCUCAUUAGUCUUCUCAUGUACAGGACAAACGAGACACCCUGCUCUAAUUUUUCAGGGCUUCCUUUUCCAAAGCUUGUCU